AUGGCGGAGGAGUAUGAGAAGUAUAAGCGGUUUGAGUACCGCAUGAAUUCCAACCUGGUGUUGCAGAGGGAAGGGCCUAUUCCUAAUUUUAAUGAACCCACAGGAGAGAGCGAAAGUCUGGUUGGGAAGUUGAAGCAUAAGAUGGGAGAUAAGGUAGAAUACACAAAGCCAACUAGCCAAAGAAGCAGAAGGGAUGAAUCAUUUAGGAGAAGCAACAAAAGAAAGGACAUAAUUUUUGAUGAGAAUAGGAAGAAAAUCAGAAGAGGAACCAAUGGAGGUAGCAUCAAAGAAAGAAGCGUGUUGAAUAUUAAUUUACAAGAUAUUUUUAUGUAUAAACCAAGCACUAAGUAUACGGAGAAAAUAUUUUCAAAUGUGAUGAGAUCAGUUAGAGCUAUUAUUGGAGACCAUACGGGGGAUAUCAUUAACAGUGCUUGUAAUGAAAUACUUUACAUUUUGAAAAAUGAGAAACUAAGCAAUGAGGAGAAAAAGAAGCAAAUGGAGGGAGCACUUGAAGUGACCUCCAUGAGUGAUGAACAGUUCAUCGAGCUGAAUAACUUCGCACGGGAGAUUUAUGAUUUUAAUAGGAAGGAAGUUCUGGAGGAGGUGGAUGAGGAGGAGGGGGUUGCUGUCGUGUUUGAGGAAGACGAUGAGUAUUUCGACUAUAGGAGUAGCACGAAGGGGAGGGAUAGCACGAAGAGUCAGGAGGACAUGGCCACCACGAACGAGUUGAGUGACGACUACGGGUAUGGCGAGGUGGAGGAGGAGGAGGAAGAUGAAGAAGAAGAAGAAGAAGAUGAGGAGGAGGAGGAGGAGGAGGAGGAAGACGAGGAAGAAGAAGCAGACGAGGCAGACGAGGAAGACGGGGAAGACGAGGCGGACGAGGAAGACGAGGCGAAAGACCUGGGUGACCACUCGGGUGAAGAAAACAGUCGCGGAGACGAGGGAGAGGGAAAGGAGGACCAGGAGGGGGAAUUCGCGAUGGGGAAAAAAAACACCAAAAAGGGGAAGAAGAGCCGCUUCGGAGGGAAGUCCACAUCAGGGAAGGGGAGAAGCGGGAGGAAGAACUACAAAGCAGGAAUGAAAAAACAGGAGAAGCAAGGGAAGCACCUAAGCUUGAAAGGUAUUAAGAAGGAUACGGGGGGGAAGAGAAAAGAUGAGGAAGAUUACGAGUUGGAAACAAAUUCGAUAGACGCACACUGGCUGCAAAGAGAACUCAAUAAGGUCUUUACCGACCCAUCUCUCUGUCUAGACAAAGAGAAGGAAGUGCUAGAUGUGUUAGGGAUCUAUGACAUACAGGAAUGUGAAAACAAACUUAUACAUAUUUUGAAGUACGAUAAUUUUUCCAUGGCCAAAUUGCUGAUCAAGAAUCGGUGGAAGGUGUACUAUUGCACAUUGCUUGGUCAGGCUCAAACGGAGAAGGAGAAAAAGAGAAUCAUGGAAGAGAUGAGGAAGAGUGAGGAGGGGGAGGAGAUUUUGGAGGAGCUGUCUAAUUUUAAGGCUCUGAAGCGGAACAAGCAGAGCGAGUUCGCCAAGACGAUGCGGAGGGAGGCAGAUAAUUUGUUCAACAAGCGGCGGUACGCGCGCGACGGGGUGGAGGAGGCCGCGGAGGAGACUCGCCAGGGGGGCAGGUUCAUCCACGAGGGGGAAGCGGAGGGGGAGCAAGCGGACGAGUCAGACGAGUCAGACGCGGAUGAGCAGACGGAGCAGACGGACGAAGGGGACGGCCCUGCAAAGAGCGCCAACUCGGCUGCGAAACGCACUGCGCAGAAGAAGCAGCUAAGCGUGAAGGUGGACGCGAAGAAGGGAAAGACGCGAAAGGGAGAGGGCAGCAGAGGGGAGCGCCAAGACGGGGAUAACGCUGAAGAGGAGGAAGCAGUUGAACAGUUUAGAGCCAAGUAUGUGGACCUAGAAAAAAUGGACGUAAAACAGAAGGGAGCAGAUUUUUUUAACAGAGAAGUCGUUUUACCAGUGGACAGCACCCGAGUGGAGAAAAAAGAGUACGAUGAGAUUGUCAUUUCGAGUUCUAGGAGUAAAAGCAGCAGUGCGAAGGGGUCCCUCGAUAAUGAAAAGGCAAAGGGGAAGGAGAAUUACUUCACAAACCCGGAGGAAAUAAAGCUCGUGAGUGUAUCCGACCUACCUGAAUGGACCCAUGAAGUAUUCAGCUGCGUAGGAAUUAGCAAACUGAAUGCUAUACAGUCGAAGGUCCACCAGGUAGCUCUCAACAGGUAUGAUGAAAAUAUGCUGAUAUGUGCCCCAACGGGUUCAGGAAAAACAAAUAUCGCCUUGCUGUGCAUGUUAAAUGUGAUCGGAAGCUAUAUAUUACGGAGUGGGAAUAUCGACAGGAAGAGCUUUAAGAUUAUAUAUAUAUCUCCUAUGAAAGCACUGGUGAAUGAACAGGUGCAGUCGUUCUCUCUGAGAUUGAAGUGUUUGGAUAUCAAGGUGAGUGAAUUAACAGGUGAUGUAAAUUUGAGCAGCAAGGAGAUUGAUGAGAGUCAAGUGAUCGUGAUGACUCCUGAGAAGUUUGAGGUAAUAAGUCGCAAAUGGGAUGAAAAGAUCCUGCUGCAGAAGAUAAAGCUGAUCAUUUUCGAUGAGAUUCAUUUGCUGAACGAGGUUCGGGGGAACGUCCUGGAGAGCAUCAUCAGUCGGAUAAACCGGUAUGUGGACAACACGCUGGUGUACGACGGGGGUGGGGGAGCGCCGGGAGCGCCGGGAGCGCCGGGAGCGGCAGGAGCGGUCGGAGCGGCACAGGGGACGCAGCACGGAACGCCGCUCGAAACGCCGCGCGAGGUGGAGGGCGCCCUGCAGAACGACCUGCAGAACGACCUGCACAUGCGCAGGAAGAAGAUCCGGCUGGUGGGUCUCUCCGCCACGCUGCCGAACUACGAGGACGUGGGGCUGUUCCUGCGGGCGGACCUACGCACAGGCGUAUUCUACUUCGACUACUCAUUCAGACCAGUCCAGCUGGAGCAACACUACAUCGGCAUCAAGGAAAAAAAAGGAAUUAAAAAGUAUGCCCUGAUGAAUCAACUGACAUAUGAGAAGGUCCUAGAAGAGGCUGGAAAAAAUCAAAUCCUCAUUUUUGUACAUAGUAGAAAGGAGACCUACCGAACGGCAAAAAUGCUAAUUGAUAAAUUUUUGAAGAGUGAUAAUUUGAAUAAAUUUCUCAUGGGGAAAAAAAUAUCGAGUGAGAUACUAUUGUCGGAGAAGGAAGCUAUAGUGAAUGAGGAACUGAAGGAGAUCCUACCGUUCGGGUUUGGUAUUCAUCAUGCAGGAAUGAAGAGGACAGAUCGGAAAUUAGUGGAGGAUUUAUUUUCCGAUAGACAUUUGCAAGUAUUGGUAUCAACGAGUACUCUGGCAUGGGGUAUAAACCUACCUGCACAUACAGUUAUCAUUAAAGGGACUAGUGUGUAUAAUAUCAGCGUGGGUGACUUCGAUGAGUUGUCACCAAUGGAUGUACUUCAAAUGGUAGGAAGAUCGGGAAGACCUCAGUAUGAUAAAAGUGGAAAAGCAAUCAUCAUAACGGAACAUAAAAAUUUGCAACUUUAUCUCUCCUUAAAUAAUGAGCAGCUCUCAAUUGAAUCUACUCUCAUGAGAAAUAUUAUCAACGUUAUUAACUCGGAGAUCGUUUUGAGGAAUAUUCAAAAUUUCAAGGAAGCUGUGAACUGGUUCCGCUACACUUAUCUGUACAUCCGUAUGAUGAAAAAUCCAAAAUUGUAUGGAGUCCUCGGGAGGAAUGAAAAGAUGAUGACAAAUUCGUUAUUUUCUGAAGAAGGUAAAGAGAGCAAUUCUUCUGACUUGUUCAUGCAAAAAUUGAAUAGAAAAAUAUACAACAUUAUUUACUCUGCCUUUGUAACAUUGGAGAAGUACGACUUGGUGAAAUACAACAAGAAGCUAAACACAGUGAGUAGUACGUACGUGGGGAAGAUAAGCAGCUAUUACUAUGUGGAUUAUCGAUCAAUAGACCUGUACAAUAAGAAGCUGAAUAAACAUACGAACGAGACGGAAUUGUUAAAAAUUUUCGGAAUGAGUGACGAAUUUAAACACAUAUUUGUGAGGGAAGAGGAGAAAGUAGAAUUAUCCAUUAUAAUGGAGAAGCUACCCAUCCCGUUGAAGGAAUCGAUUAAUAUCCCAUACACAAAAAUUAACAUCCUUUUGCAGUUAUAUCUGUCCAAUGUAACCCUAAGUGGGUAUGUCAUCAAUGCAGAUAUGAUUUAUAUACAACAAAACGCGUUGAGGAUUUUCAGAUCCUUUUUUGAAAUAUCGUUGAAAAAGAACUCAUACCAUUUAACUGCACUCACUCUGAAGUUUUGCAAAAUGGUGGAGAGAAAAAUGUGGGCCACUAUGUCUCCUCUAAGACAGUUUGGUCUCCUUAGUAACGAACUCAUCAGAAUUGUAGAGAAAAAAAAUAUCUCCUUUAGGAAUUACUUAAAUAUGAGUCUAAAUGAAUACAUAACGAUAUUUAAAAAUAAAAAAAUUGCAAAGAAUGUAUAUAAAUUAGUUCAUCAUUUUCCAAAAAUUGAAUUAAAUGCAUAUAUCCAACCGAUCAAUCACAGGAUGCUUAAGGUAGAACUGAAUGUCACGCCAGAUUUUAUAUACAAUCCAAAGUAUCAUGGUCAUUUUAUGUUAUUUUGGGUCUUCGUCUUUGACAUAUCUAGUGAGAGUAUGCUGCAUUACGAUUUGUUUACUUUGCGACGGGGUGGUGUGGGUACCUCUGCUAACAUAAACUCGGUGAAUGCAGGCGGUUCUAAGGUGUACCAAAGCGGAGAGCACUCCUCGGACACGCUGGAUGACCACCUGCUGACCUUCUAUGUACCGAUAAAUGAAAAUCCGUUUUAUAUCGUAAAGGUGGUAUCGGAUAAGUGGCUCGAAUGCGAAAGUACGAUUAAUUUGUAUUUAAAGGAUAUCAUUUUACCAUCGAAGAUUUCCUUAUCUACACCACUCCUCGAUCUACAGGCUCUCCCAGUCAAUACACUUAAGUUUGAAGAAGCUAAACAAUUUUUUCACUCCAGAAGUGUAACCCAUUUUAACCCUAUCCAUACGCAGAUAUUCCCUUCUGUAUACGAAAUGGGUGGUAAUGUAAUCAUUUGUAGUUCCCCUGGGAGGUACUACCUAACGCCAGCCGAAUUUGCUAUCCUGAGGAUGGUCCGAUGUGUAAAGGAGUUGCAUACCUUCAUUAGGAGAUACAUAAAGAAAGAAGAAGAUCUACACAAAAUAAUUCGUGAUAAAAAUAUUGCCACUAUAGCUUACAAUAACCCUGUAGAAUUUAUCAAAAUUGUGUAUGUAGCUCCAUUGGAAGAGAUAGUUGAAAAGACUUUUGAAAAUUGGAUCCAUUUUUCAAACUCUUUUGGAUUGAAGAUGGCAAUUCUGACAGGAGAUGUCCAAAUAGAUACAAAAAUAUUGCAAAAAAAUAACAUAAUUUUGUGUACUCCUGAUAGGUAUAAUAAUUUAUCGAAGAAAUGGAGAAGGAAGAAAAUUUUGCAAUCCAUUAAUUUGUAUAUAUUUGAUCAUAUGGAACUGUUAGACACAUCACAGGGGUCUAUCAUGGAGGUCGUCAUUAGUCGUGUUAGGUACAUAUCGACUCAGUUGCAGUUGGGGAAGUCGCAGCGUGGGAAAAAGAGCAACACAGAUUCUGCAUCUUUGGAGGGUAGGUCGAAGCUGCCUCCCUUCGUUGAGCUAAACUUGGGCGACGAGAGAGCGAGGGAGAGGGGGUCAGGUGGCAGCAACCCAAAGGGAGGCGCAGCGUCGGGUGCGGCGAACUCCAAUGCGGCUGACUCCGGUGCGGCUCACUCCAAUGCGGCGCACAACCUGAACAGGAUGCAGCACCUGAGCACGGAGGACAUUCACGAAAACAUCGGAGUGAAUCGAAUUGUGUGUCUGUCCAGUUGUUCCAUUAAUAACUGCAAAGAUGUAGGAGAGUGGAUCGGGUGUAAGAAGAACGACUAUUACAACUUCCUCUCCAGCGUGAGGAGCAUCCCUAUCGAAAUUUACCUGCACGCGGUCAGCAUCAUGAACAAGCAGAAUAGGUACCUCUCGAUGCAGAGGCAGGUGUACCAAACAGUUAGGAAGCUGAAGAAGAAAAAUGCCAUCAUUUUCGUGACAGAGGAUAAAAUGUGCAAAACGUUGGCACUCGAUUUGGUUCUUUCCGCUUGCAACGAUGGCUGCACGUUUUUCUCCUCCGUCUCGGGAGGGCCUAGCGGAAAGGGGAGUUCGCGGGGCGGUUCGAAGAAGACUUCGCGGGGCAGUUCGCGGGGCAGUUCUCAGGAGAGCUCUCAGGAGAGCUCUCAGGACAGUCUGCUGGACCACCUGCACGAUAAGAUGCUGGUGGAGCUGCUCAAACAGGGAGUGGGCUAUCUCCACAGAAACAUGAGCGAGAUGGAAAAAAAAUUAGUGGAGAACCUCUUCGACAAAAAAGCUAUACAGUUACUCAUCGUGGCGCAUGACUACGUAUACAGGUUGAACGUGUACGGGAAUGUAGUUAUCCUGUUGGACACUAUAAUCACCCAUUUCGAUGGGAAGGAGGAGGAUUAUUCCAUUCAGAGUGUACUGCAGAUGCUGAGCUAUGCAGGUCGAGAAGGAGAGGAUGCAAAGUCGUUUGUGUACAUAUACACAUACAUCACGAAGAAGGAAUAUUAUAAGAAUUUUAUUUAUGAGCCACUGACUGUAGAGUCGAAUAUAGAGGAUUAUAUGCCAAAUUUUUUAAAUAACGAAAUCGUGAUGAGUACAAUCGAGAGUUACCAGGAUGCGAUUGACUGGAUCACGUGGUCCUUCUUCUACAGGAGGAUUAAGAAGAACCCGAAUUAUUACGGUUUGAAGGGGGUAUCUAAUGAGCAUAUAUCCGACUACCUCUCGGAACUGAUCGAGAGCAACAUUGAGUUGCUGUCCUUCGCGAACUGCGUGGCGAUCGAGUCUGGCGAGGAUCCCCGGCAGGAGAAGAAGGCGCACAGUGGGAUGUCGCACAGUGGGAUGACGCAUAGCGGGAUGGCGCACAGCGGAAUGACGCACAGCGGAGAAGGCGCUGUCAACAACUGUAACGGCUCCGUUUCCAUCAAGCCGUGCAACCUGGGCAUCAUCGCGUCCUACUACAACCUGGACUACCAUGUAAUUCACUUCUUCAAUCAGUAUGUCAUAUCCCUCAAAGGGUUGAAAAAAAACAGGAUAUUGGAGAUAGUUUGCCUCUCCAGCGUUAUGUCUCAGGUGAUAAAAAUUAACAACUACGAUGUGAUGCUAUGUGUGAAGAUUGCCCAAACAUGCAACAUGAAAGUCACUUCCGAGUUUUUAAAACUUUCUAUAAGUAGUGAAUCAAUUACGGGCAAAAAUAACCUUUUCUCAGGAGAUGAUCAAAAUGGAACAUCAAAUCACCUGAACAAGUCAGGUGAAAAUGACAAAAAAGAGCAGUACAUAAAUUUGGUAAAUUUUAUUUCCAUCCCGAUGUAUUUUACUCCCCAUUUAAAAGCACUGAUUAUUCUCCAGGCACAUAUCCAUCGGUAUGCUAUUCCAAAGAAUUAUGUUGAAGAAACGAAAAGAGUUCUUCAAAAGACAUUUAAGUUAAUUAAUGCCCUGAUCGAUGUGAUUAGCAGUAACAAUAUUUUAAAUUUCUGCCUGUUCGUUAUGGAGAUGUCACAGAUGCUAACGCAGAGUAUGAGUAGUACGGAUGAGUCGAACCUGUUGCAGUUACCUUACUUCGAUGAACAUUUAAUUAGAAAGGCGAAGGAGUUAGAAAUUACUGAUGUAUAUGAUUUGAUCAAUGCGGAGGAUGAACAGAGGGAAGAGCUUCUUAACCGUUUGGAUGAGAAGGAGAAAAGUGAAGUUGCAAAUGUGUGCAAUAUUUUCCCUGUCAUCGAGGUGCAGUACGAUAUCGACCUGGAGAAAAAGUACAAAGUGAAUGAAAUUGCUACUCUCACUUUGACUAUAGAACGUGACUUAGUGCAGGACGACCCCGACUCGACUUCCAACUGUUUUGCGCACUCACUGUACCUCCCCUUCGAGAAGGAAGAACUGUGGUGGGUUGUCAUUGGCAUUAAAAAAAUGAACCUGCUCCUUUCUAUAAAGAAGCAGUCCCUCGUCAAGGCUGUUAACAAUGUGAAGGUUAAUUUUGAGUUGCCCGACCAGCCCGGCCACUACGACGUGGUCAUAUACAUAAUAAAUGACUGCUACGUGGGGUGCGACCAGGAGUACGAGUUUGGGAUUGAGGUGAUGGCGUAA